AUGGCUAAUUCUUUACGUCGAAAUUCAUUUUCUGAAAUACCAUCAGUUAUAUCUCAUUGUCGUCGAUGUCAACUUGAUAUUGAAUCUGAUCCACAAUGUAAUGGACGUACAAGAAUAUUAUGUCCAUUUUGUGGAGAAUUUCUUAUUCGACCAAAUUUACCAAAUAUUCAACAAUUAAAAGAAGAUAUUCAAAGACGAGCAAGAGAUGAUAAUAUUGAUCAUGGUUUAAGUCUUCGUUCACGUUUUAGUCGAACAUUUAAUCGAAUAAUUUUACGAAGACAAAAUAUUAUUAAUAAUAAUGGUAUAACAGAAAGUCAUAGACGAAAUAGAACAAUUACAAAUGUUAAAUUACCAUCGAUUGAAAAUAAACAACAAACAAGUGAAAAAACAAGCAAAGAUAACCUGACCUCAUCAUCAUUACCAACACUAACUACAGCAUCACCUAUGCCCUCGAUUAAUAUUUAUGAUUGUGAAAGUUUUCAGAGCUUGAUUAAUGACGAAAGUCCUGAUAAUGAUCAAAUAUUUGCUUUUUUCUCAAUGUUUUAUUCCAAUUUCGUUUAUAUGAUACAAUCAUUAACACUGAGUGAUAAUACAAAACAAAUAGAUUGGAAAUAUCUUCAAAUAAUUCAUGAGCAUAUUAUAAAAAAUUCUGAUACAAUAUCUCGAUUAGUACUUAAAACAAUUGCAUCAUGUUGUAUACGAGAAGUUCGUUCAUGUGAAAGUACUCUCAAAGGUUAUACUAUUCUUAUACUGGCACCUGUUUUCGAUGAUUCAUCAAAUAAUCAUAUUUUUGCUCAUGUAUUACGUCGUAUUGCACAUUUUGUAGAUCGUGAACAUCAAGAAAUAGUAUCACUUUUACAAACAUUACCAGUUGAUAUAUUUCGAUCAACUGUUCAUCGUUUACAAACAUUUGUUGCUAUAAAUCUUUUUCCAUCACGUUCAGAUAAUUCAACAUCAGCAUUUGUUAACGGUUGGUGGAUACCAUGUGCUAUUCGAACAUUAGCAUUAUUUAAUCAUGCUAAUGAAAUGAUCAAUGGUCGUAUAAUACCUUUGGCCGAAAUGGCAAUAGAUUCAUUAAAUUAUAUUGAUGGAGAACGUGAUUAUUUUGAAUGGAAACAUCGAAAAUCACGUGGAAUAAUUGGCGGUUUUACAUUUUGCCAGUAUCCAUUUGUAUUCAGUAUUAAUGCUAAACGGACUAUAUUAAAACGUGAUUCUGAACAACAAAUGAUUAUUAAUGCUCGUCGUAGUAUGAUACAAAAAUUUCAAAAUAAGCAAACACCAAAUUUAAAUAUGCUUUUUUUAAAUCUUUACAUUCGACGAUCACAUUUAGUUCUUGAUUCUCUUGCUGAAGUUACAAAAAAACGUGAUGAUUUAAAGAAAAAAUUACGUGUUACAUUUGUUGGUGAACAUGGUCUUGAUAUGGGUGGUUUAACAAAAGAAUGGUUUCUUCUAUUACUUCGACAAAUAUUUUUACCUGAUUAUGGAAUGUUUGUAUUUUAUGAUCUAUCUGGUGUUUAUUGGUUUAAUGGUGCAUCAACUGAUAAUAUUCGAGAAUAUAAUUUAGUUGGUAUAUUAAUGGGUCUAGCAGUUUAUAAUGCAAUUAUUCUUGAUAUACGUUUUCCUUUGGUUUGUUAUAAAAAACUUUUAACACCUGCAUUUAUAGCAGAACCUAUGACACAUUUAUCAAAAACUAAAGUUGGAAUUAUUAAACCAACAUUAGCAGAUUUUCGAACAAUUCGACCUGAUAUUGCUCAUAGUCUUCAAUAUUUACUUGAUUAUGAUGGAAAUGUUGAAGAAGAUUUUGGUCUUACUUUUGAGGUUUCCGUGGCUCACUAUGAUACAGCAAUGAUAUAUCUAUUGAAAGAAAAUGGAUCAAAAAUUGAUGUAACAAAUGAAAAUCGUAAUGAAUAUGUUGAACUAUUAAUUGAUUUCUAUAUAAAUAAACAUAUAUCGAAACAAUUUGAAGCAUUUUAUUAUGGUUUUCAUAGUGUUUGUUCAUCAAAUGCAUUACUUUUACUUGUACCAGAAGAACUUGAAAUGUUAAUAUGUGGAAUGGAACAAUGUAAUUUAAGUAGUUUAGCUAAAAUAACUAAAUAUGAAAAUUGUAGUCCAAAUGAAAAUUUUAUCAAAUGGUUUUGGCAAGUUGUAGAGGAAAUGCCAUCAGAUAAACAAAGACGUCUGUUAUUAUUUGUUACUGGUAGUGAUCGAAUGCCAAUUGGAGGUUUAAGUGAAAUGACGUUUAAAAUUGCAAAAAUAUCAUCAAAUAAAUGUAACAUAAAUGAUUUGUUACCCAUGUCCCAUACAUGUUUCAAUCAAUUACUUUUACCGCCUUAUCCAACUCGUGAAAUUCUUAAAGAAAAAUUAUUUUUGGCUAUUGAAAAUUGUGAAGGUUUUGGUAUUGAAUGA